AUGACCGAUUCGGAAAAACUUGGUCUUGGACUCGACGAUAUCAUUCGAAGAGAUCGUAAUACGAAUCGACGUGGUGGCCGCGGUGGUCAGCGAGGAUUUCAAAGACGUGGCGGCAGUCGAGGAGGUGGUCAAGUCAACGGAUUUCGAGCCCAAGGCGGUGGUGGACUACCUCGACCAUCAAAUGCACCAGCAGGUCGUUGGAAACAUGACCUUUAUGAUGAUAAUACUAAUAGAGCUCGAGGUGUACAACGAAAUAGUGGUGUUAAUAGUACCACGAAAUUAAUUAUAUCUAAUCUUGAUUAUGGCGUAACAACAAAUGAUGUUCACGAAUUAUUUGAAGAUAUUGGAGCUGUUCGUGCAGCACACGUACAUUUCGAUGAAAAUGGUCAAUCGUUAGGUACAGCUGAAGUUAUUUUUGAACGUCGUGCUGAUGCAAGUACUGCUCAACAAAAAUAUAAUGGUCUUAAUCUUGAUGGUCGUCCAAUGGAUAUCAAAUUAGUAGGUGGUGUUGAUAGUGGAUUACCACAACAAACAAAUCGUGGUUCAUUUGUUAACGGAACUAAUAGUGGAAAUCAAAGAUCAGGUUUUCGUUUUAAUAAUCAACAAAAUGGAAAUCGUGGUGGAACUAAUCGAUCACGUGGUGGUGGUGGUGGUGGUAAUCAACAGGGAAAUAGUAUUCGUGGUAAUACAAAAAAAGAAACUAUUACUGCUGAAGAUUUAGAUGCAGAACUUGAGGCAUAUCGUGCCGAAAGAAAUAAUCAAUGUUUAAAUAUCUAUUGUUCAUCGAAUUCAUCAUUUAAAUAUGAUCGAAAAAUUUUUGAAGAUCCAAAUAAUGCUGCUGCUGAAGCAAUUAAACUUACACAUGAAUAUGGUUCAACUUAUUUAGAUGAAUAUAUAAAUUCAAAUUUAUUUCUAAUAGAAGAAAAUCUUCAACAAAUAAUUAAUAAAUCGAAAGAAAUAAAUAAUUGGACAUUACUUCAAAAUUUAAUUUAUUCUGUUUUUUCUAAUCGACAAAAUUUAUCAUCAAGUUUUUUACAAAAAACUUUUCCUAUGAAUAUAUUACUUAAUAAUGAAACUUCUUCAUCAGCAAGUGCUACAGCAAAAAGUAAUUUCUUACAUGACUCACGUAUAACACUCGAAAAUGAUGAGAUUACAUUAGAUUUUGACAUGAUGAAACGUUCAAUAAAAUUAUUAAUGUCAUAUGAAGAUGAAAUAUCAUCGACAAUUAAUAAUGCAUUAGGUGUUUUAUUUAAACAAAUUUCUAAUGAAUUAUCAUCAUCAAAAAAAGAUGAACUUGAAAAUGAUGCUAAUUUUAUAAAUAUAUUCUUUAUUAUAUUUCAGUUACCAUAUCUAUCCGAUCCAAUAUUUAUUUUUCAUACUGCCUAUGCAUUUUAUUCAAUUUUCUCGAAAUUAUCAAUUGAUAUACAAGCAAAAUUUGUACGAGUUUUAGCUAAACAUAAAGAUAGUUUAAAUGCUUAUGUUGCACAUUUACAACAAUAUAUUACUAUGCAUACAGUGAAAUGGUGUGAUCAUACACAUAUUAAUAGUACAAAUGAAGCACUAUUGUCAAGUGAAAAAGGUAUGCAUGAAGGACUCUAUGUAUUGCGUAUACUUUUCUAUGCAAAUCUUCUUGGUAGUGAACGUGAAACAUUAGAAAUACUUGAAACAGAACGUGAAAAUGAUCAACGAAUGGAAGUUGAAUUAAUAAAUCGUCGUCAACGACAUAAUGAUGAUGGUGCUGAUGAUGGUAAUAAUGACCAGCAAGGACAAGAUCAACAACAACAACAACAACAACAGCAACAAUCAGGAGAACAAAGAGAAAAUAGAUCAGAAACAGCAACUACUUCUCCAACACGUCAUCGAUCGUCAAGUUUUUCAAUGCGUACAUCAACAAGUGAACAAGAUGAAAUGGAAUCAAUCUAUGAAAAUCCAUUACAAAUAAAACUUGGUCUUGAACUAAAUGAAUAUCGUCAUGGUUAUUUACCAUUUGAUGAUUUUAUUAAUGAAUUUGCUAAUGAAAAAAUCGAAAUAAAUAAAGAAUAUCUUGAUUUUGUUCGACAAACACCUGAUACUCUCCAUUUUUCAUUUAUUUUAUAUCCAUUCUUUUUAUCAACAAUUAACAAAAUUGCACUUCUUAACAUCGAAAAUAAAGUACAAAUGUACCGACAACGACAUACGUCUUUUUUUCAUAGUUUAUUCAGUGGUAUUCGUCUUGAUCCAUUUUUUAAAAUAUGUGUACGACGUAAUCAUCUUAUUGAAGAUGCAUUAAUCGCUCUCGAAUAUCAAGGUAUCGAACAACCAGCCGAACUGAAAAAACAAUUCUUUGUCGAAUUCGAAGGUGAACAAGGUCAUGAUGAAGGUGGAUUAUCAAAAGAAUUCUUUCAACUUAUUACAGAACAAAUUUUUAGUCCUGAAUAUGGAAUGUUUAUGGCUGAUGAAGAAACACGUUCUUUAUGGUUUAAUCCAUCAGCACCUGAAGAUCUCGAUCGUGAAUAUAUGUUAAUUGGCAUGUUAUUAGGUUUAGCUAUAUAUAAUUCAAUUAUUCUUGAUAUUAAAUUUCCACCUGUUCUAUAUCGUAAAUUAAUGGGUAAAAUUGGAACUUCCGAAGAUCUUGAAACGUCACAUCCGACUAUUUAUAAAAGUUUAAAAAAUCUUUUAUCAUUCAAUGAACAACAAGAUGGUGCAACAGUUGAAGAUGCAUUUUGUUUAACAUUUCAAGUUGGUAUUACAGAUGCAACUGGUUCACGAGUUACAUUUGAUUUAAAAGAGAAUGGUGAAAAUAUUUCAGUAACAAGUGAUAAUCGAGCGGAAUUUGUACGUCUUUACAGUGAUCUUCUAUUGAACAAAAGUGUCGAAAAACAAUUUCACCCAUUUUUUCAUGGAUUUUUAUUAGUAACUGGUGAUAGUUCAUUACGAAAACUUUUUCGACCUGAUGAAAUUGAAUUACUCGUUGCUGGUAGUCAAGCAUUAGAUUUUAAUCAACUUGCAUCAGCUGCUGAAUACGAUGGUGGUUAUACAAAAGAUAGUUCAACCAUUAGAAAUUUUUGGAAUGUGUUAAUGAGUUUUACUGAUGAACAAAAACGAAAAUUUCUUCGAUUCACUACGGGUAGUGAUCGUGCACCUAUCGGUGGCUUAGCACGAUUAAAAUUAAUUAUAUCUCGAAAUGGUCCUGAUACUGAUCGUUUGCCAACAGCUCACACAUGUUUCAAUGCUUUUCUUCUUCCUGAUUAUUCAUCGAUGGAAAAGUUACGUGAAAAACUGUUAAUUGCAAUUAAUAAUGCUGAAGGAUUUGGUUUACUUUAA